AUACCUCUACACAUCAGCUUUUAUUUAUUCUUCAUUGAAAUUUCAGUUUUUUAGCACACAAAAUUCAAAAGUGUAUUUAUUAAAAUUUCAAAAUGUCAAGAAUCAUGUUCGAUUUUACUAUCCAGGAUGUGGAUAGGAUUAUAAACGAGCUUACAACUCUUAGAGGAGCCGACUGUAAGCUCGAAGAGGAACUAAUAGCGGCUCUGAUCCACAAGGCCCGCGACGUGAUCAUGAGCCAGCCGAUGCUCCUGGAACUGAAUGUCCCUCUGAAGAUUUGCGGGGAUAUCCAUGGCCAGUUCAAGGAUCUGUUGAGGAUUUUUAGUGGAUGUGGCUUUCCGCCGGACUCUAACUAUCUGUUUUUGGGGGACUACGUCGAUCGAGGGAAGCAGUCCCUGGAGACGAUCUGCCUGCUGCUGGCUUACAAGAUCCGUUAUCCGGAGAACUUCUUCUUGCUGCGGGGAAAUCACGAGUGUGCCAGCAUAAACCGAAUCUACGGAUUCUUCGACGAGGUGAAGAGGCGUCAUACUAUCCGCUUAUGGCAGACCUUCACGGACUGUUUUGACUGUAUGCCUGUGGCAGCAGUUGUGGGUGAUCGCAUCUUCUGUUGCCACGGGGGACUCAGCCCCACGCUCCGCAGCUUGGAUCAGAUUCUCAAUAUCCGGAGGCCCACCGAUAUCCCAAGCGAGGGCGUCCUCUGCGAUCUUCUUUGGGCGGAUCUGAACCGCCAGGGUGACGGUUGGGGUCACAAUGAGCGCGGUGUGAGCUUCACUUUUAGCAAGCCGAUUGUACAGAAUUUCCUCGACGCCCAUCGUCUAGACAUCAUGGUUCGGGCCCACGAGGUGGUCGAGGAUGGCUACGAGUUCUUCGCCGACCGUCGUCUGGUAACCAUAUUUUCCGCCCCCAACUAUUGCGGUGUGAUGAACAAUGCCGGCGGAGUGAUGAGUGUCAGCGAGGAUCUCGUGUGUUCGUUUAUCAUAAUCAAGCCGACUUCCAGUUUAAAAAUAAGUGGAAAGGAUUCGAGCCAAGAGGAUUCAUUUGUAGAAACCGUGCCUGCUUAAAAUUUUAUAUUUUCAUAAAUGUAUAGUGUAUUAUUUUAAGUUUUAAUUCAAACUUUAAGUUACCCGA